GGGUGAACCGCCACUCCACCGCCAUUGGGCGCAUCUGGCUCUCCGUCAUCUUCAUCUUCCGGAUAAUGGUACUGGUGGUGGCAGCUGAGAGUGUCUGGGGGGAUGAAAAAUCUGCCUUCACCUGCAACACCCAGCAGCCCGGCUGCAACAGCGUCUGCUAUGACCACUUCUUCCCCAUCUCCCAUAUCCGUCUGUGGGCCCUGCAGCUCAUCCUUGUCACCACGCCAGCCCUCCUCGUGGCCAUGCACGUGGCCUACCAGCAGCACCAGGAAAAGAAGCUGCUUGUGCUGACAGGGCAUGGGGACCCCAAGCACAUGGAGGAGGUGAAGAAGCACAAGAUGCGCAUAGCAGGUUCGCUGUGGUGGACGUAUGUCUGCAGCGUGGUCUUCAGGCUGCUCUUCGAGGCCGUGUUCAUGUACAUCUUCUACAUGCUCUACCCGGGCUACCAGAUGGUGCGGCUGGUCAAGUGCGAGGCUUACCCUUGCCCCAACACCGUCGACUGCUUCAUCUCCCGGCCCACUGAGAAGACCAUCUUUACUGUCUUCAUGCUGGUCACCUCCAGCAUCUGCAUCGUCCUCAACAUGGCAGAGCUGGUCUACCUGGUGGUGAGGGCCUGUGCCCGCCGAGGCCAACACAACUCCAACCCCUCAUCAGCAAAGGGCUCCUUCUAUGGGCACAAGCUCUCCUCUGAGUACAAGCAGAACGAGAUCAACCAGCUGCUGACGGAGCAGGAUGGCUCCCUCAAGGACAUGCUGCGUCGCAACCCCGGGCUGCAGGAGAAGGGCGACCGCUGCUCUGCCUGCUAGGGCCGGUGCUGCGGGGGUCCCAGCCCUUGCCCCUGCCCCACAGCUGCCCCACAGCUCUGUGCUGUCCCUGUCCCAUGGACAGCAUCCCUUAGGUGCCAGUCCGGGUCUCCUGGA